AUGGAGUCCUUUGGAAAGGGAAUGAACGAGAAAUUGAACGAAAAAUCGAAAGGCCUGAAGGGCCUUCGACACAACUUGAACUAUCUGGCCGAUACCUUAUACAAUGAGAUCAACAGCCGUUUUCUUCGUGAUCUAGGCCAAGGCCAGAGAGAAAUAUUGAACGAGACAGAAAACGAGAUAAAAAACUACCUCGAGAAUACCAAAGAUCAAAUUAUAGACGACUGCAUACUAUGGCUCAUUCUCAUGAAUGCGGUGGAGAAGUUUGAACCGGCAUCACCUGAAGAUAUAGCGCCUACACCUACACAAAAAGACAGCAGCGAUAUGGAAAACGACAUGGACAAUCCAAAUUUCCGAAUCAUUCGCAUCAUACUGGAUAUAGCACCGCAUCUAUCGUUUGAGAGUCUCCAAAGCCCCGCGAGUGAAAUCAUUGGUUGGGAUCGAGAGAGUGUAAUGCAGCGGUGCAAAGCGAAUCACCCACCCGGCAGGGAUAGAAAAACAACGCCGUUUCACUCUGCGGCCCAGAGUGGACAUGGUGACAUAGUCGCGCAUAUGUUAAACCAGGGGAACAGCCUCCUUUCCACCACGAAUGGCGGCUGGGACCCCCAAGACUUUCUCAAUAUGCUUCAGCAACCAAAGCCGGACCGUCGGCAUGCUCGUUCUGCUCUUAGCCUCGCCGCGAUAAGUGACAGAGGGCUGGAAACCGUUGAAAUUCUUCUCAGAUAUAAUCCAAAAAUCGCAAUCAGCCCAACCGACAAUACAUUCGAGACAAGCUUGGAAAAUGGAGAUAAUGACAUUGUCGACGCAUUCUUCAAAUACGACGACUUACAAAAGAGGUUUACUACAGCUGAAAAUAUUCUUUUGGCGCUGGAGUAUUUGAAAACAAAUACGCCGGAGCAAGGAGAUCCACCAGAGAACUAUAUCAAGGUCGUCUGCACGCUAAUCAGCCAUGCUCCAACAAAGGAAGAAAUCAAUAACGAGGUUGUCAAGGAAAUUAUCCGACUCAAUUUGAGGUGCGUGUGGGAGAAAAGAAAUAAGAACAUCAAGCUAGAAAUCUCUGGAUUUCUUCAUAUCGCUGUCCAAUGUCAAAACGCUGAGUUUGUAAAGAUGUUCAUGGAUGAAUAUCCGGAGUCCGUGUUCAAACCAAUUGGCAAUAAAUAUGCCCUUUGGCACAACAACCACUUGGCCUCUAAGGAAUUUCGAAGCAUGGAGGAGUUACAGAGCGAAGCAAAUCGCAGCAUUCGCGACAUGUUGGUCACCAAAAUCAUCAAGGGGGACCCAACUUUGAAGAUGCAGCAGCUCUUGGAAAUAUUCCGAGACUCGAAAGAGAUUAAUGAGCCCGCCGAGCGACUUUGGAAUGUAGAAAUUGUUGACGAACUAUGCUUUGACCUCUCCCGUUUCAACUCGAAGAAAUAUCCAGUGUCUGAUUUUGUGCGUUCACUCAUCAGUCACCAAGACAACCCAGAUCUGUUGUCCUACGAGCAUACUCUAAAAUACGCCGAGUUCCCUGAAUUAGACGCGAAUGAUGAUGAAAAGGAAAUAUUCGGCGACGGUGUUCAUCAUGAACACGACGAAGUUUUUCUUAUCCUCGACUGGCUGAGAAACGAUAAAAAGGUUCGCGAGAUAAUCCAACUCAUAGUGCCGGAUAGACUUGUGAAUCCACACAACGAAGUCAAGAUAGGAAACUACGUGAAGUUGUUCCAAGUCCAGGUUCUCAAUUGGCGGUUCCUGGACCUCUCUAUUACGGUGCUCCCUGACCAAGAAACGAAAGAGAGGAUUACAGUGCUUCAUUUAUACGCAAGCGGUAAGAGGGCGGCUAUCAGCCAUUGGACCGGUGAGAAUGGUAUCUUGACGCUUCCCAAUCUUACAAAUCUUAAGAUUCAUAUCAUACAGGACUUGAUGACGAAGGAGAAUGGCGACUCUACAACUCAAUACAUCAGCCAAGAAUUUGAAGUCUUGGUGAAGGGUAUAAACAAUAAAAGGAAGCAAAAUGGCCGAGAUGAGCUAGAAGUGAGCUGCACUCUUGAUUCAUGGAAUCCUGCACAAAUGAGAUUGGCAGACCUAGAAGAAAUAUCCGAACGAGCUGUCCCUAAACUGUAUCGUUUCAUAAAAAGCUACCGAAAGUAUGUGCGCGACUUACGAGUGAACGAAGGAUAUGCAUUCAGGCCAAUAAAGGUCGCACUGAUCGAUAAUGGCGUUCUCAGCAUCUCGCCACGAGCUGAGAACCUUUGGGAUCACUCCAAUCAUAUACAUACAUUCGACAAGUUAUCAAGCAAUGGCACCUUUCAGAAUUCCAACAUGAAAACCCAAGGCGAAGACCCAAAGGACCAAAGUAAUGAUGUCAAGUCAAAUGUUAGAAAAGAGACUGAAAACCACAAGACUUUAUGGUCUCGCAUUAAGGGCGGCAGGUCUUUCGUGGAGGGCCCUUUUCGAGUUAGCCCAUGGUUGUUCGCGUCCAAUCCACACGGAACACAGAUGGCUAAUUUAAUAUGUGCCAUCGAUCCAUGGUGCGACCUCUACGUGGCCAAGGUUACAGAAGGCAGGGCUGGAAUACUCUCUACAAGGGUUACAAGAGCAAUUGAAUGGGCAAUUUCUCAAAAUGUUGACAUUAUUUCGAUGAGUUUUGCUAUUUCGGAGAGGACUAAUGAACUUGAAAAGGCUUGCAGAAACGCAGCCGAUAAAGGUAUUGUUUUGCUUUGCAGCACUCAUGAUGAAGGCCUCGGGGUUUCCACCACAUAUCCGGCAGGCUUUCAUGACACCAUUACUAUCACUGCUUGCGACGAUUAUGGGAAAGUACUUCGCCCCGGGCCCCCAGACGACGGAGGCUCCUUUCAAUAUAAAGUCCAGGGCCAGUCGGUGGCGGCAGGGGUCAUUCCCUUUCUGGACUCUGAUGAUUAUAUUUCAGGAAGCUCUGUUGCUACAGCCAUUACUGCAGGGUUGAGCUCAUUGAUCUUGUCUUGCGAUAGAAUUGCCAAGAAUCCGCCGGGAAACUCUUCUUCAAAUGAGGGCUCUUCAAAUGAGAGCUCUUCAAAGAACGGCCAUCCAAGCACUCCCGUGCUUGAAAGGCAGAACAACUACAAGAAGAACAUUAUAAUGAAGCAUCUAAAAGAGAUGCUAGCAAAGGAGAGUAAAGAUUACAUCUUAUUGGAGAAUUUUGCUGAAAUCAACAAGAAAAUUCAGGAUGGACAGGACAUUAAGGCCAGUGAAAUAAUCAGAUCAUACUUUCGAUUAGCCACCUUUAGCGAGAUAUAG